AUGUAAAUUAAUAUUAAAAUUGGGUAUUUCAUUUACUUAUUUAAAUAGUUUUUAUAAAUUGCUUUUGAUGAUUUAAGCAAGCAAGUAAAAAAUAUUUCAAAGUAAAGCUCUAAAGAAACAUUUGUUGCGCCUAGUGUAAAGCAAAAAAGUUAAGCAAAUUAAAUUGAGGCUCAAAAACGCUAAAAAUACCAAAAACUAUGUAAAAUUGAAUUGAGGGUCAUCAUGAAAUAGAAAAACUUUGCACAAUUAAGGUUUAGCCCUCUGUAAUAAAAAAUUAACAGAUUGAAAAAAGGAGGUAAAGAAUUUAAGUAGAGACUUGAAUUUAAAAGAAGUCCGAAUGACGCAACUUCUGAUUUGCCUCUUUGA